GUUUGCGUCACUGCCUCGCAGAGCAGAGAAGAGCGAGCUGGGGAGAGCGAGACCAGUUUGAAGGGGAGGGCAGGCAGAGUUAGCAGCCCCCGAGGCGCUCUCUCCCACUGCCCAUCCCUUUCCUCUCUUCUCCUCCUGCUUCUCUCUCUGCUCUUAACUCUUCCCCGAAAACUCCCUAUUUAGCCAAAGGAAGGAGGUAAGGGGAACACUCUCCCCUCCCCCUCCAAAAAAAUAAAACAAAACUUUUCCAGUCCGGAGAAAGCAGGGGAACGAGUGGGCACCGGGCUGGCCAUGGAGCUGCUGUGCUGCGAGGUGGACCCGGUCCGCAGGGCUGUGCCGGACGCCAACCUGCUCUACGACGACCGCGUUUUGCAGAAUUUGCUCACCAUCGAGGAGCGCUACCUUCCCCAGUGCUCCUACUUCAAAUGCGUGCAGAAGGACAUCCAGCCCUAUAUGCGCAGGAUGGUGGCCACCUGGAUGCUGGAGGUCUGUGAGGAGCAGAAGUGUGAAGAGGAAGUCUUCCCUUUGGCCAUGAAUUACCUGGACCGCUUCUUGGCAGGGGUCCCGACUCCUAAGACCCAUCUGCAGCUUCUGGGUGCUGUCUGCAUGUUCCUAGCCUCCAAGCUCAAGGAGACCAUUCCCCUGACGGCAGAAAAGUUGUGCAUUUACACCGACAACUCCAUCAAGCCUCAGGAGCUGCUGGAGUGGGAGCUGGUGGUGCUGGGGAAGUUGAAGUGGAACCUGGCAGCCGUCACCCCUCACGACUUCAUCGAGCACAUCCUCCGCAAGCUGCCCCAGCCGAAUGACAAGUUGCCUUUGAUCCGCAAGCACGCACAGACCUUCAUUGCUCUGUGUGCCACUGACUUUAAGUUCGCCAUGUACCCGCCAUCGAUGAUCGCAACUGGAAGUGUGGGAGCUGCCAUCUGUGGGCUCCAGCAGGAUGAGGAUGUGAGCUCGCUGACUGGUGAUGCCCUGGUAGACCUGCUGGCCAAGAUCACCAACACAGACGUGGAUUGCCUCAAAGCCUGCCAGGAGCAGAUUGAGGUGGUGCUGCUCAACAGUCUGCAGCAGUUCCGUCAGGACCAGGGGGAUGGAUCCAAGUCGGAGGAUGAACUGGACCAAGCCAGCACCCCUACAGACGUGCGGGAUAUUGACCUGUGAGGAUGUCAGUCGGGCCGAACGGGAGAGACAUGUUCAAAUCUUCUCUCUCCUUCUCUCUGAUUGUGUUUUGUUCUUUAUGUUUUAGGAUGAAACUUAAAAAAAAAAAAAAAAAAUUCUGCCCCCGCCUAGAUCGUAUUGAAAGAUCUUUUAGAAGUGAGAGAAAACGGUCCUAUAAAAAUGGAAUAAUUAAAAGCAU